AUGUCCGAAGCUAAUGAUUUCAAUAGUUUCACUGAAGAAUCGAAUUUGCACGAGUAUUCUUUGAAAGGACAUCGGUUCACGUUUGUUGCGGGCGAUAAACUGAGUCGGAUAGAUAGAGUUUUGGUGAAUUGGAACUUCUUUUCAGCAUGGCCGUUGGCAGAGUACAUCGCGCUGGAUAGGAAAUGGUCCGAUCAUAGUCCGUUGAUUUUGAAGACGAUGUGUAGAAAUUUUGGCCCCAAACCGUUCCGUUUUUUCAAUUCAUGGUUAGAGCGCCAAGAUUUCUCGGGUUUAGUUAAGGAUGCGCUGAUUAAUACAAAUGUCCAAGGGGCUCUGGACACUUGCCUUAUGUUGAAGUUUAAAAGAUUGAGGAGUUUGAUUUCGGAUUGGGCGAGGAAUUCUUUCGAUAAGGAGCGUGGUGAAAGACUAUUAUCGGAACAAGAACUUGUUCACUUGGAUGGUCUCAUUGAAGAGCGUCAACUUUUAGAAGAGGAGGUUUGGAGUCUAGAGGAGAUUAAACGGAGAUUACGUGAGCUCGAAAUUUUCCGCCAAAGAGAUUUAAAGCAGAAAGCUAGGAGUAAUUGGGCUUCUUUUGGUGACGAUAAUACGCGAUUUUUCCAUGGGUGCAUUAAUAAAAGGAAAGCCUCUAAUUAUAUCUCGGGUUUGAUGGUUUUUGGGGUAUGGGAAACGAAGCCAGAAAUAGUCAAGAGAGAGGUUCUUCGCUUUUAUAGAUCGAAGUUUAAGAAAAAAAUGGUUGUACGACCUAAAUUUGAUUGUUAUGGGUUGAAAAAGUUGGAGACUAGUGAUGCCGACAGGUUGAUUCAGUGUUUUUCUAUUCAAUAG